AUGUCAGCUCAGCAGGAAGCCCCGGCGCCUCAUCAGCUGCCGCAGCAGACGCGGCUCAUACUCUGCCUCGCUGCCCUAUGCGCCGCGGUCCACCCUGCUCACACUCCAUCGCCCUCCUCCCGGCAAUGGCACAACACGACCGCCCUAGCUUGGCUGCGCUCGGUAGCCAAGCUCGUCGAUAUUGACACGGCGAAUCUCCCCGGUGAGGUUGACGUCAAGCUCGUCCGCGAGUCGGCCGAGUCCCAGCGCUCGGACUGGUCUCCUGCGGAUACGCAGCGCAUGGGGUCAGUGCUCGUCGAGGCGAGUCUGGCGGUCGAAGCCGAGAAGGCUAAAGCGAAUAAAGAGGAGGCGCUCCGGUACACACCUCUCUGCCGGUCACUCGCGCACCGCACGCUGGACAUUCUCGGGCUGGAGCCGGGACAGAGGCUGCCAGUGGCCGAGCGGGAACUGGGGUCCACGCUGUUCAAGGCGCUUCAAGCCGCGGAUAAGCCGGACGACAAAGUUGAGUCGACCCGGGCGUCUCACUCUCAGGGAUGGGGAGGGAGUCUGGGGCGAAAGCUAGCGACUGGGGCAGGGGUGAUUGCGGGCGGGGUAUUGAUUGGGGUAACGGGGGGUUUGGCCGCUCCGGCAAUCGCGGCUCUGCUCGCACCUCUGGGAAUCGGCGGACUGCUAGCUGGAGGAGCGGCACCGGUAGUGCUGGGAACGCUCUUUGGAGUCGGCGGUGGUGGAUUGGCGGGGAAGCGAGUGAGGGAGAGGUGGAGGGGUGUAGAGGAGUUUGGGUUCCUGGAGGUGGGUGCUGGGACGAUGGCGACAAAGGAGGAAGUGGAGGAGAUGGCGGCUGCGAGGGAGCGGUAUCAAGCUCGACAGAAGAAGGAGGCGGAGGCCACUGCUAAGGACGGCGCUUCUGAGAAGAUAGGCGAAGAAGGCGCCGAGGGGAAGAAGGAGCGGAAAUCGUCCAUCGAUGAAGGGAGCAAGGCAGAAGUGGACAAGGCGGAAGAGAAGGAGGCGGUAGAGGUGGAGAAAGAGGUAGAAUCGGAGCGGGACGCACUUGAAGAACAGCUACUCCACCUGCACCUCGACUCGAACCCCGCUCCAUCCUCACCUACCGCAUCCACUCGGCCCCGUCUGGACUCGGCGGCCCCUGACGAAUCGUCAAUCAAGGCAGCAAAGAAACCGCCAUCGCUUACGGCCACUAUCAUCGUGCCGGGUCUACUCAGCGUGUCACCUGUAGAGGCGCUGAUUGCCUGGCGCGCUAUCUGUUCCACCGCACCGACUACCACUGCGGACGACGCGAAUGCGGCUUCUGCGAAUAUGGAGCAGUGGUUGGGCUUGCAGGAUGGGCGGGAUGUGUACUAUCUGAGGUUUGAGAGCGGAACGAUGCUCAAGACCGGGCGGGAUAUCAACUCUUGGGCGCUGAAGAAGGUGAAGGGCAAAAUCAAGGGGGAGAUCAUCAAGCGCACCGUUCUCAACGCCUACUUUGCAGCUGUGAAGCUGCCCAUGACGGUGUACAGUAUGGCGUCCAUGUCGCUGGAUAAUACCUGGAUGCAAGCUACCGACCGGGCGAACAAGGCGGGCAGAAUAUUGGGUGAGGUUUUGGAGAAGCGAGUCCAAGGCGAGCGGCCAGUCAUCCUGAUUGGCUCAUCGCUGGGUGCAUUGACCAUUCUCAAAGCCCUCAUCUACCUCGCCUCCCUCCCUUCACCCGAAGCUGGCGGUAGCGCCGUGCCUCAAUACGUCGAAUCGGCGUACCUCAUCUCCCUUCCGUCUGAACCCACUGCGGACGAGUGGAAGAAUUGCAGGAGUGUCGUCGGGCGGAGGUUGGUUAAUGCUUAUUCGGAGGCUGACUGGGUACUGGCUAGUGUCGUCAGGCUACACGAAGUGAUAUCCCGAGCUGCGACGCUCAAUAGCGGUCUCUCCCCGGCUGGUCUGGCGCCUGUUAACCAGCCCGGCGUGGAGGAUGUGGACGUGAGUAGCGUGCUCAAGGGACAUAUGGAGCUGCAGACCAAGAUGGCGGAUAUCAUUCGGAUCAUCGAUAUCGAUGGGUGA